UAUAUUCGUUAGCCGCCUCACGCACUCCUUAGAACCUAUCCAUGCAAACCAAGAAAAUGCUUCUGAUCAAAACCCUAGCGAUUCUCUCUCUCCUCUCAGCCCUGACCCGCGGCGCCUCCGCCGAGCAAUGCGGCAGCCAAGCCGGCGGCCAGGUGUGCCCGGGAGGGCUGUGCUGCAGCCAGUACGGGUGGUGUGGCACCACGAGUGAGUAUUGUGCGGACGGAUGCCAGAGCCAAUGCAGCGGCGGAGGAGGCAUCGGGGGCGACGUUAGUGGCCUCAUCUCGAGAGAUACGUUCAAUCAGUUGCUGAAGCACAGGAACGACGCCGGAUGCCCUGCCAAAGGGUUCUACACGUACGACGCUUUCGUCGCGGCUGCCAAGUCGUUCCCGGCGUUCGGAACCACCGGUGAUGCCGCCACACGCAAGCGGGAGAUCGCGGCUUUCUUGGGACAGACAUCCCAUGAAACGACAGGUGGGUGGGCUAGUGCACCGGACGGGCCAUACUCAUGGGGAUAUUGCCAUGUGAAGGAACAAAACCCAAGCGCCUAUUGCUCUCCUGAUCCAACCUACCCUUGUGCUCCUGGCAAGCAAUACUACGGCCGUGGGCCAAUCCAGCUCUCAUGGAACUACAACUACGGGAGAUGCGGCAAGGCAAUAGGAGCGGACCUCCUCAAGAACCCGGACCUGGUCGCGACAGACGCGGUCGUCUCGUUCAAGACGGCCAUAUGGUUCUGGAUGACCGCGCAGUCGCCCAAGCCGUCCUGCCACGACGUCACCACGGGGCGGUGGACCCCGUCCGCGGCGGACAAGUCUGCAGGGCGGGUCGCAGGGUACGGGGCCGUGACCAACGUCAUCAACGGAGGCCUUGAGUGCGGGAGAGGGAAGGACGCGAGGGUGGAGGACCGGAUCGGGUUCUACAAGAGGUUUUGCGACGUGCUCGGCGUCGGCUACGGCAACAACCUCGACUGCUACAGCCAGAGGCCGUUCGGGUCCGGUCUCUUUGUUGACACCAUGUAACUUACGGUCCACGGAUCGCACAAAUCUAAGUUCAUCUCAACUAUUAAUCAUGUGGGCUUUGUGGAUAGGUAUCCACAUGAUUAGCGGUUGGCGAUGAUACGACGUAUAAAAUACUCAAUAACGUGAGGAGCUAAACCGAUCAAGGAAAAGUCAUGCUUGUUGACCGUGACUCGUUGUGUAUGAGACAACCUAUGAAAUAAAGAAGCUUAAGGUCUUCCUUUGUCU